AUGAGUCUACUAUGAACCAGUGAAGACAUGAAGGGACAGAACAUAUCAACUCUUACCAUCUAUUUAUUUUACAUCAGUGCUACACUUUGGGGUUUUACAGAACAGGAAGAAGUUACAGGGCUGUUUUUCAAGGAUUGCAUCCUGCCUUGUUCUUUCCCACCUGAGAACGAUGUUGUAAUUCACUGGCACAAAGGGGGGAAAUGUGUGCACUCCUACUACCACCAGAAGGAUUGGCUGGCAGAUAGCUCAGAAUACAUUAACAGAACACAGCUUUUCUGUGAGAACAUCCCUGGUGGAAACACCUCCUUGAAAAUUUGUAACCUGACUGUGACUGAUGAGGGCACUUAUGAAUGCUGUGUGGGAACAACGCAAAAUUCUACAAACCAGAACGUCAUGCUACAUGCAACAGUUUCCUCUUACUAUGCACUGGAAUACCAAAAGACAGAUACAGAAAGGAAACUUAAGUGCUAUGCCUUUCUCACUUAUUCAGCGCCAAAUAUAUCUUGGCUAUAAGGCAAUAUAUCCAUCCAAGAAAUAGAUUGUGAGGAAACCAGGGAUGGAGUUCUCUAUUCUCUUAGAAGUGACCAGAACAUUAUAGACACAACAGCAGACCCUUACUACUCUCAUAUUCAUGUCCAUUGUUUAAUCUGGACUGCUGAAUGGAAGAUGCAAGAUUACCUGUCUAAUGCAGAAGGAAGUAACACCAUAAUUCCUUGUGAGUACAGCAAUAACACUGCAAACACUGAAGAUGUCUGUGUUGUUUGGAAAUUAAACAGAAAUUCAGUGCCUUCAGUUGUGGCCUCCUUCAAUGGUACAUCCCACUCUUACCAGCCUCGAGCCCAGAUAAACACAAGUGACCCUUCACUGAUCCUGCAUGAUCUUACUGCAGUUGACAGUGGAGAAUGUCUGUGUAAUACUUCAGCACCCCACUACACAAAACUUUUUGUGACAACUUUGCAAAUUGGUAACACCUGGAAAAUCAUGCUAGGAGUAGGAGUGCCUGUUGCAGUGGUGCUGGUAGCAGGAUGCUGUCUCUAUAUGAAGGUCUUUAAAGGAUUUAAGCAAGAUUAUCUUGGGACCAAUUGA